AUGUACGACCUGGUGAGGCCGGUUCAAAUUCUAGCUCGCGGGAAGUACUUGCCCGGUCCUCUUUCUUCAGAACUGAGGGACCACUUAUCUGUCUCCCUUGCCAGUUGCGCGGGAAGUGCCGAGAGACAAACCAUCCUAAGGAUUCAGACGACGGAUCUUCAGGGACUGAUCUAUUGGAAAGUUGAGGGAAAAUCGGGAGGGCGUCAGGCCGAAUCAGUGAGCAAGGGGAUCUGCCAGGUUCCCAUGGAACAGGAGACAGGCAGCAAGAUUGAGACCACAUCAACCAUUACUGGCGGGAUGAGAGAAAAAGUAACCAUACUGUGUGAAGGGCAAACCGUACCGAGCGGUGACGGGAGAGGGGCACGGCCAUUCGGGAGAUGCCGUAAUCUCCCCCCCCCCACGAGAACCACUCUCUCAUCCCUCUAUUCUGUCGCUGCUUUUUCUCUCUUCGACUUCGUCUGCAUCGUCCCUUUGUUGCGCACCCCCAUUUACAUCGAGCCAUUGCGCGCUCGGCCUUCCUCGUAUUAUCGACUCAUCGAGAUCGUUUCCUUCCCCCCCGGGUGUCUGCCUGACGCCGUGCCCUUUGCCCUAACCUCCGCGUCCAAGUCGUUAAAACUCUGCACGCACCUCUCACCUCCUGCCCUUCCCCCCUCCUCCCCCCGGACCCAGAAAUUAAAUCUCGCAACCCCUUUCAGUUCUCAUCGGAGCUGUCAUACAAGCUUGCUGAUCAGUGGCUGGUCGCGUCAGAUUUCUUCUAAUUGGGAAAAAAACCUUGUUUUUUUCCCUCUCCAAAUCUCUCACUCAUCCUUCCACGUCGCAUUUUCUAGGCCUUUGGAAUCCACCAGUUCCAAAGGCUCCAAGCUCACCACGGCUCUCGUAGCCUCCCAUUUCGUUCUUCGUCACAUUGUAUCUCCGAGACGUCCCCGCGACACUCUUAACAACAUUCCCCCUCCUGCUGGUGUCGACUCCCGUGUUUACGUCCGGUGCUCCUCCUUUUAA